AUGGCCACUCACAUGUCGAGGUGUAGGACCUGGAAUCGUGUCCAAAGGUUUGGGAUCGCAGCCUACAGAAAGUACAGCAGUGGUGGUGGAUACCCAAAUAUCUCCCUGUCUACACCGCUGCCAGGGAUCCCCAAGCCAGUGUUUGCAUCUGUGGAUGGUCAUGAAAAAUAUGAAACCAAGAUAACUACUUUAGAAAAUGGCCUCAAAGUGGCAUCUCAGAACAAAUUUGGUCAAUUUUGCACAGUUGGAAUUUUAGUGAACUCUGGAUCAAGACAUGAAGCAAAGUACCCCAGUGGAAUAGCUCACUUCAUAGAGAAACUUGCCUUUUCUUCUACAGCUCAGUAUGGGAGUAAAGAUGAAAUUCUCCUUACAUUGGAAAAGCAUGGAGGGAUAUGUGAUUGCCAAACAUCAAGAGAUACCACAAUGUAUGCAGUGUCUGCUGAGGUGAAGGGUUUGGACACAGUAGUCAAUCUUCUGUCCGAUGCUGUUCUACAGCCUCGCCUUCUGGAGGAAGAGAUUGAGAUGACCAGAAUGGCAGUACGCUUUGAGUUAGAGGAUCUAAACAUGAGGCCGGACCCUGAACCUUUACUCACGGAGAUGAUCCAUGCUGCAGCAUAUCGAGGCAACACAGUGGGACUCCCUCGGUUCUGUCCUGUACAAAAUGUGGAGAAGAUCGACAAGAAAGUGCUUCACAACUACCUGCGUAACUACUACUGUCCAGAGCGCAUGGUGCUGGCAGGAGUGGGCAUUGAACACGAGCAGCUUGUCGAGUGUGCCAGGAAGUACCUGCUAAAUGUAAAGCCAGCUUGGGGGAUUAGCGCACCGGCCAACGUUGACCUCUCUGUAGCACAGUACACUGGAGGCAUAGUCAAGAUGGAGAAGGACAUGUCCGAUGUGAGUCUUGGCCCCACCCCGAUCCCAGAGCUCACCCACAUAAUGAUUGGCUUGGAGAGCUGCUCCUUCUUGGAGGAUGACUUCAUCCCCUUUGCAGUGCUCAACAUGAUGAUGGGUGGAGGAGGUUCUUUUUCUGCAGGAGGACCAGGAAAAGGCAUGUUUACGCGGCUCUACCUGAACGUACUCAACAGACAUCAUUGGAUGUACAACGCCACAUCCUACCAUCAUAGUUAUGAAGACAGUGGUCUCUUGUGCAUUCACGCAAGUGCAGACCCAAGACAGGUGCGAGAAAUGGUGGAGAUAAUAACCAAAGAGUUCAUUCAGAUGGCUGGCAACGCAGGAGAGAUGGAGCUGGAAAGGGCCAAAACACAGCUUAAGUCCAUGUUGAUGAUGAACCUCGAGUCACGGCCGGUUAUUUUUGAAGAUGUCGGCCGCCAGGUCCUGUCCACAGGAAAAAGAAAGCUGCCGCAUGAACUCUGUGAUCUAAUAAGCAAUGUGACAGCUGGUGAUAUUAAGAGAGUGACUACGAAGAUGCUGCGCAGUAAGCCUGCUGUAGCAGCUCUGGGAGACCUGACGGAGCUGCCGUCGUACGAACACAUCCAAGCCGCCCUGUCCAGCAAAGAUGGACGCCUGCCCCGCAUGUACCGCCUCUUCCGAUAAGACCCGUUGCCAUUCAGCCAGUCACAGCUGGCUGACAUCACUGUAAAUAUACUGGACUGUAAGCUCACAUUAGUGUUCCCUCCAACACAGAACUCUGCACAGCUCACUCUGUGGAGGGGACUAUGACCAAGUCUCAAGUCUCAUUCUGAGAGAGAGAGGGGAAGAUUUUAAAGAAAAGUUACGUUUUACUUACUUUACAGAAAAGCCUAUACACACUCAACUAUUUGUAUUUAUUCUUAAGAAGCCAUACUAUGUUAUUAAUGGGAUAGUUUGAAGGUGUUUCCUUCAAAGGGACAAUUCACCACAGAAAAACAAAAUCCAAAUAAUAUUUUCAGUUUAAAGAAGUGGGCUGUUUUGUUGUCGUUUAUGAAUCCCAGUGGUGUCUACACUGUCAAUUUGCACCUUUUUUUCCCCCAAUACUUUUCCAAAAUUACAGGACAUUGACUCUCUAAAACAUCACCUGGAGCCUCUUUAUUUCAGCUCAUACAGGAAGUUAAAAAUAUUAAUAUUUAACAGCAGCACUUGACUAUCUUCCAUUAAAGCACAGGAGACACAAUAAACAUGGAUAUUAACAGAUAAAUAAAGGAAUUGUUAAAAAAUUCUGGAUCAGUGUGACUGCCAGUAUGUUCUGAAGAUGUAGCUCAUGUUUUUGUUACUGCUGUGUCUUAAAUGUUCUGUGACGUGCUCAAGUGUUUUUGUAUUUUUGUCGUUCCCCUGAGGAUAUACCCAACAGAAUUUAAUGGCUCACAUUUGACUAUAUUUACUUGGUUAUCAAUCAUUUUUGACCAGAACGAAUGCUUCAACUCAUGUCAGGCAGUUGUUAAAUAAAUGUGAUUACUUUAAAUAAAAAUAUUUUACAUUUUAUCCA